UCGGAGGUUCUGUGUCGGCCCACCCCUGCUUGUUUUUCACACGUGCGCGGGUUUAUGCUUCUCUGCAGUGUACCAGAGGACUUUGAAGGAACAGACUGUUCUGCUGGAGCUGUGCUCUUUCUUGUUGGCAACAUUUUUGUUUCGGGGAAAUAUCGAGUGUCGACAAAUAAACCACGUUGGCGGGAUGCAUCGCUGCACAGACAGCAGAACCCGCGGAUUUACAGCUAGCUAAGCUAGCCGGCUUGCUAGUCUUUAGGACUGGUCAGCAGAGCCUGAGAAAUCUAGCUAAUUAAGUCCACUGAAGGUUUUUGAGUCAUCAUGGGCAACUAUGUUAGGUAGCAUUUUACAAUCAUUGUCAGACUUGGAAGCUGGACAGAGGUUAGCUUAACACGGUAAGUUAUUCGCAGGUAGAAGAUGUUAGCUCGUAAGCCCAGCUUUUUAUGAAAAGGAUCACUUUACUUUAAGGAGUUUUAAAAUAGUUUCUGUGUGGAGACCCUUUUCUGAGAUGUGCUUGCAGUGUAGAGUCAACAGCUUUGAGGGUAUUACAACCAGAACAUUUUUAUAAUAUUUCAGUGCUUCUUUAAGGUUAUUUUAGCAUUUCAGUAUUAUCUUAAAUCCUUUGUGUGGAAUUAUAGGGAGUGACUUAUUAAAACCAUCUAAAGUGGUGGUGUAGGUAAACUACUGUAGAUUAUGGUUGAUUCCAUGGCAUGUGGUGAGGGCAAAGAGGAGCUUAAGGAGCAACCAAGGACAGAUGAGAAUGAACAUGCAAAUGAAGUUGAGGAACCCCCUCCAAACGUGCUCGGUACCAAGGCAGACCCGCAGGAUGAGCCCCAUAAACCACAGGCCUGGAAGUGGUCAGUCAUCUUCCUCUGUUUCUAUGGCUUCAUGGUUCAGCUGAAGCCUGGGGAGCCUUUUAUCACGCCACACUUGCUUAGCAUGGAGAAAAACUUCACUAGAGAACAGGUCACUAAUGAGAUCAACCCCGUGCUCUCUUACUCCUACAUGGCAGUGCUGGUGCCUGUUUUCCUGCUGACAGACUAUCUACGCUACAAACCUGUUUUGGUUCUCCAGAGCAUGAGCCAUGUCUCCAUCUGGCUCCUACUGCUGCUGGGCACCUCCUUACUGGAGAUGCAGUUCAUGGAGUUCUUCUACGGUAUUACAAUGGCUGCCAGAGUGGCCUACUCCUCCUACAUCUUCUCUCUGGUCCCAGCAUCUGUGUAUCAGCAGGUUGCCAGCUAUUCUCGCUCCUCCGUGCUGCUAGGAGUGUUCACUAGCUCUGUGAUGGGUCAGUUGUGCAUAUCGCUGGGUGGCAUAACGUAUGGCACUCUGAGUGCAAUCUCAUUAGGCUUUGUCUCUUUUGGACUCUUGUUGUCCAGCUGCUUGCCAUGGCCCAAGAGGAGUUUGUUCUUUAACCAGAGUCGCCUGGAGGAAGAGAGGAGGACUGCUGCUCAGUCAGAAUUGGACAAAAUCAAAUCAGAUGACAAGCCAGUUAAAGCUUUACCAAGUUCCGGCAACAGUAGUUGCACUGCCUCCUGGACAAACUCAGUGUUCAUUCAGAUGCUGAAGGAAUUGAGAAAUGUAGUGAAGGUGCACAACCUAAGACUUUGGAGCCUGUGGUGGGUGUUCAACUCCACUGGCUAUUACUUGGUGGUGUUCUAUGUGCACAUACUAUGGAACAAAGUGUACCCUGCCACAGAACAAAAGCAUGUCUAUAAUGGAGGAGUGGAAGCUGCUUCUACUUUGCUUGGUGCAAUCACAUCAUUUGUGGCAGGCUUUGUGAAGAUCCGAUGGAAGGUAUGGUCUGAGCUGGUGAUUGGCGUGAUCACUGCAGCACAGGCCGCUUUGCUGCUUCUUAUGGGCACCACUGACAAUAUCUGGGUGUGCUACGUGGCCUAUGCACUCUUCAGAGGCUUCUACCAAUUCCUGGUUCCUAUUGCUACUUUUCAGAUUGCCUCCUCUCUCACUAAAGAGUUAUGUGCUCUAGUGUUUGGAGUAAACACUUUCUUGGGAACAAUCUUGAAGACCAUUGUUACUCUAAUUGUGGCAGAUAAGAGAGGCUUGGCUCUGCCUGUGCACUCCCAGUUUUUUGUAUACUUCUUUUACUUCACUCUGCUGACGGUGGUGUAUUUGGGCUGUGCCAUCUGGGUCAUCGUGCAUCAUUACCGCAGUAAGUGGCAAGAGCAGAUGCCAACAGAAGUCACUACACCUGUUGAACUUGGUACUGUGGAAAUGCCUGCCUCUGAGACAGACCCUCUCGCAAAUGGAAAUAGUGUCAAGACCUGAGAAUUGUGAGAUUUGUGAGAACUCUUUCUCACUUGGUAUUAUUUGAUUUCUCCCUGUCAGUCCUUCUUUUAUAAGUUUUCUGUGAGGACAUUAAGUGCAUUAAGUGUAGAUAAAAGAAAAUGUACUUAAUGAAGUGGCCAGUUAGUGUAUGACUCUCAAAUUCAGUACAGAAAUUACUUGUUUGAGCUUGUCAUCUGUGUGUUGUGUGCUCUUCAAAAGACUGCAGCUCAGACUGCAGCAUCAGUUCAGAAUGUAUUUGUAUAGCGCUUUUUACAACAAAGCAAAAGUGCCUUACAGUUUAAAAAAGCUUGCACAUUUCUCUGUUGUGCAUAAGUCUUAUGUUGUAUCCUCUAUUCCCCACAUGAAAAAUGACAAAAAUAACCAGUUUUGGCAAAAAAAAAAAAUUUGUUUGUAAGCCACACUUUAAUUCUCUGGGUUUUAUUCAAGAAUAUGCUGAGAUGAGUUGUACAAAAAAAAUUGGAUAAGUAAAGUGAUGUUUCGGUUCUUUGCUUUCAUUUUUUAGAAGGCAGAUAUUUUUAACAUUUUUAAUAAUCUCUUUUAUAACAAAUAUACUAACCUGAGUGUAACAUCACAUCUUACCUCCUACAGAACGGCACAGAUUGUAUUCAUGUAUGUUAGUACCUUCAGUGAUAUGUAUUUAGAAACAUUUAUGAAACAAUUAAGUAACUGCCAGUGAUAUUUUUGUCAUUUCAUAAUGUGAAACUGUUUAAAUAAUUUUAAAGACUUAUUUGUAAAGCUUUUGAGCUAGUUUGUGGUACAUUUGCAAGUGAAAGUUUCAUAAGGAUUAUGAUGUAAAAAAUGGAAUAUGAUUAUGUAUUAAUCAGUCCCUGGAGUAUACAUGGGGUUACUGAUGAACAAUAAGAAAAAAGAAAGACUUUAAUGUAAGGUUAAUCAAAGGCAAAGUGGUGUACUGUUUGUUUAUCUAUUAUAGUAUUAGUUUUUCUGAAGUGAACUAGUUUUUUGAACUUCCUAGAAAUCCAUAACUAAUUGAAGUAUUGAGCAACUCUUAAAUAUGGAAAAACCUAUCAGGCCUGUACAGUUGGAUGACUUUUCCUCAUUAGCAAAUUAAAGUUAAAUUUUUCUCAAGAUAUUUCAAGAUAUUUUGUAAGAAAUUCAGCUUAAACUCACUUAUAUUUUUAAAUUUAUGACAGACAAGAGAAUUAGCUUGUUAAGUAAUCAGGAUUCUCUUUGUAGGUCCAUCAAGUCUGGUGUAACACUGCCUUAAAAAUUACAGUUAAUAAUUGUACACUGCCUGAGUCAUACUAUAAUAUUCAGAGCACUCAUACAGAAUUGAACAAGUAUUUCAGCAUCUACUUCUAACAUACUUGGAUCUUAUAUCCAUGGUAGGCUGAUGCUGAGAUUGCUAACAUUUUAUGUGGGUGUGUGUCGCUACUGAAUCUAUAUCCCCUGGCUGGUUUGCACUGUGCAUGCGCACCACUGCAUGCAUGCAUAGAGCAUGAUAUUUUUACCGGCUAUAUCAUAUUUGUACCGCAAGUGUCAGAAUUUUACAGCUGUAGUUCAGCUGUAACAAAAUGAUUAUAUUCCCUAAUAGUAAUUAUGUGUGUGUUUUGCUGUCUUCUGUGCUCUGUUGGCAAGCUAUCAUACUUUGUCAGUGAAAACACAGAGCUUUAAGGUUUUGCUCUGUGUUUGUGCUUCCUAUGUAGUGCGCACUAUAGAGGUCAUUAUAUAACAGCUUCUACACACAAACAUUUAUCUAUCUUAUUAAAGGACAUUUACAUUCAGUCAAAGCUGAUCGACAUUUGAUCUAACAUUUAGUGCACUAUUUAGGAGUAGAAGCUAUAACUUCAUGACCUUUGCAGUGCACUGUGUAGGGAGUAACUAGUCAUUUGAGAUUCAGUCAUACACAUGUUCUCAUGUUAAACCAGAAUGGUAGUACCAGCAGGUUUUGUUUGUACCCCUUUCAUCUCACUGUGCUCUAACCUCAUUGUGGGUUCAGCAUUAAACACUGCUUUAUAGUGAUAUGCCUGGUUGCUGAAUGUUCAUGAUUUGCUAAUAAAUAAAUGAAAUAUGUUAAGCUAAUGCGCUAAUAAGAUGUCAUAAAAAGAUGGGCAUGGUGGGUACAGAUCGAGCAGUGUCAUAAAACAUAAUGCAGCAUACACAUAUGUCACAGUGGUGCACGUGUGUGAAGUAAAUCGAGCAGGUGCCGCAAAACGGGUAGCAACAGUGUCUAACAUGAUUUACAUCAUUCAUACAGUUUUUCCCUUUGGUUGUAAAUGUUGUAUUUUUGAACAGUAAUGCCCAUAUUUGGUCAUAACUACAUAGCAGUCCUAGUUAUAAAAAUGACAAUUAGUGUCAUGUAUGUUCUAGGUUUUAAAUACAAACACUGAUGUAACAUUUACGGUUCUUCAUAGAUUUUUGGUAAAAUGAGCUGAGGCCUGUCUCACCAAGCAGGGUUUCUUGCUUAGCCAGCUAACUUUAAGCUUAGAUCUAACUCUGGAUUUUCUGUUUCACAACAGUGGAUCACUUUUUACCAGGCUAUAUCACCAUGGCAGCUUAACCAGGCCUGGCCUGGAGGCAGUUAAAUGUGCAGCAUAAGAGAUUUUGGAUGAUAAACAGCUUUUAGACCAAUAAGGCCAGGCUUCUAAUGGAGGGGGAUCCCUCUGGUCUUUUUCAGGUCGCUUUUUUUUUUGGAGACAUUUGUCACAUCAGUGGGAGGAGAAGUAUUGUUUAUUUAGCAUAGGAAUCAACUUAUACUACAUAGAUAUCAAGCAUAUUAAGUUUUUACUACUGCAGUAAGUGGCAACACAGUGGCAGUGGCAAGAGCGUUGUUUUUAACAUUAAACAUGUUUUACUUUCUGCGUAUUUAUGUAGUAUUUGGAAAAUAAGCCACUCAACUCCUCUUGUUUCACGUAAUUGUCAUAAACGUCACACUUCCACGUGCAUCAGUCUAGCUUGUGUAUCUAAACCUGGCUUAACAGAGAAAGCUGUUAUCUGAUGGGUUAAAUUGAGUUAACAUUUGGGCUGCUGAAUCUUAGUCAGGAACACAUGCUUUGUGUCAAACAUGCUUUGUGAGACGGGCUUCAGGAGAAGAAUGGCCUGUAAAUACAACUGAGACUUCAUAAUUCCUUCACUUUUUUGUUGUUUUUUUUUUUUUUGUUUGUUUGUUUUGUUUUUUACACAGUGUUAGAUUAUCCAGUACAUGUUGGUUACAUGUACCACAUGCGAUUGUGUUUGUUUUUUUUUUUUAAUCUAUAUUUUAAAUCAGUAAAUAUAUACAGGUACAGUUUAUAAACUGUGAACAACUGUUGCUGUAAAAUCAUACACUGAAAAUCGCAUUUUGUAGAUGUAAAUUUCUAAUGUUUUGUGAUGGGGCUGCACAGUAAUGACAAAAUACUAGUCUUACAAUUGUAGUGCUACAUAUCAGGAUUGUGUUACACUUUUCAGUAUAGCCUGCAUUAUUUUGAUUAUUUUUGGAGUAAAUUAAUACCUAGAUUCAUCUAAACUCACCUGGUCAAGAUACUCUCAGCAAACAAUUGAAAACAUUGUGAUUGAUUAAGCUGCUCAUUUGUAUAUUACAUUGUCUUGCAGUAUCAAUAUUGCAAAAGCCAGAACAGCGAUAACGAUUAACAAACGAUAUAUUGCGCAGCCCUAAAUUUGUAAUGAAUGAUUCUUAGAACAAGAAACAGGCUCUCAGGAGGCUGUAGCACUUGUGAAGCAGUAGUCAGAUUGAAUAAGACUGUUUGAUGAGCAGUCAAGAAAUAUACUUAAUGUGCUGACAAAUUCAUAUAACAAGGGUAAUUAUUGCAUGUUGUUUGAGUACAAUAAAUAAAAAAUUACAUGUUUUAGAGAUCAUGAUUGUUUAUUACUGUGUCAUUGAAAUUACAGUACACAUGAUAUACAAAUGGCUCUCAGGUCUGUAGUGGUCAGAUGAUCCAUUAAAAGAAGACACUGUAGUACAGCAGACUAAAAGAGAAAAACAGAUGACCAGUGAACUUUAGUCUGUUUUGAGUGCCAAUGUUAAGCUCAUGUACAAAAUAAAUAUAAAACAAAAAAGCAUUAUUUGAGUAGUAACAUAUAAAAGUGUAGAAAUGUUACAUGGCUAUGUUCAAAAGAAUUUCAAUGCAAAUACAAAAAAGCGUUAAGUAACAUGGAACCUAUUUCACACUUGGGUAGGUAGGUAGAGACCAUUCUCUGGUGAACUUGCAAUGAGCUAAAUAUUGAGUAAAACUACUGA